AUGGCAACGCCUCAUUCAGGUCAAGUAGCUGGAAUCGUGCCUUCUGGCCCCAGCUCAAGUGGUGGCUGGCAGGCCGAUGAACAUGUUACUCCGACUGAAAUCAGGCAGGCAGCUAAAUUCGCUCAGUACGGUCUCGCAGCAUCAGCUGAAGCACUACGCGAUGCUGGCUUUCCUGAUGGCGUCGGGCUCGAGCCAGAGAUGACGGGAGUCUGUCUGGGCUCCGGCAUAGGUGCCCUGGAAGACCUCUACAACACCUCACUAGCUUACAGCUCAACUACACCUCCAAAUUACCGCAAGAUUCAUCCCCUAUUCGUGCCGAGACUCCUCAUCAAUCUUGGAGCAGGCCAUAUUAGCAUGAGAUACGGUCUCCAGGGGCCAAAUCACACGGCUACGACAGCAUGCACCACGGGUGCUCACUCCAUAGGGGAUGCAAUGCGCUUCAUUGCCCACGGCGAUGCAGACGUAAUGCUUGCUGGUGGUGCCGAGUCCUGUAUACAUCCUUUGGCCAUUGGUGGCUUUGCUAGGUCAAGAAGUUUAGCAACUGGUUUCAAUGAAAACCCCGAAGAGGCCUCUCGACCUUUCGACAGGGAUCGAGCUGGUUUUGUGAUUGGAGAAGGUGCAGCGGUGCUUGUACUUGAGAAGCUUGAGCAUGCCAAACAGCGGAACGCACGCAUCUACGCAGAGAUUGUCGGGUAUGGCUGUUCGGCUGACGCUCACCACAUCACAGCACCAAGGGAGAACGGGUCUGGGGCCCUUAGGGCAAUGCGUCUAGCCCUGAAGCAAGCUAAGCUCCGUCCCUGCAUGGUCGAUUACAUCAAUGCACACGCGACCUCGACAGCACUUGGCGAUGCUGCAGAGAACUCUGCCAUCAAGAGCUUGAUGCUGGGAGAGAACGGGCUCGAAUCAUCAAGUCAUGUCAACGUCAGUAGUACAAAGGGUGCGAUCGGGCACCUACUCGGUGCUGCUGGUGCGAUUGAAGCAUUGUUUACUACUCUGGCAAUACAUGAGGGAGUGAUGCCGCCAACGCUGAAUUUGGAGACCACUACACCAGAAUUUGACUGCAAUUACGCUUCGAAAGAAGCACAGCAACGACAGAUUGAUAUCGCUUUGACCAAUAGCUUUGGAUUCGGAGGUACAAAUGCCAGUUUAUGCUUCAGAAAGCUGUAG